CGUUAACUCCGUCAUCCUCUUCUUCCCCACCUAUCUGACUUCCGCCACACUCGAUCCUCCCUCCCUCCUCCCCCAAAACGUAUAUACUCUCUCUCUCCUCCUUCACUCUCAAAUCACUACACCUUCCAAAUUCCCAAUUCCAAACCCUAGAACCAUUUCCGCCACCGCAUCUCCGCCACCGUAAUGAAAUCCCCUUCACCUCUUCCCUAGGAAAAUUCAAUCCCACCAUAUACAUUUCUAAUCAACACACACAAAUAUAGUGAGAGAAAAUAAAUAAUUAGUGUAGAGAGAGAAAAAAGAGAUCAGCUGACCGCCAUAGCCAUGAUCUCCGGUUCGCCGUCGCCGCUAGUCCCAGCCCUAAUCCUCCUCUUCUCAAUCCCGAUUCUAUUCUACUACAUGGCCCCAAGCAUACUCCCUCCCCGGCGAAUCUCCAUCUCCGCCCCCGACGAGCUCGACGACCUCUCCCUCUUCCACAAAGCCAUCGCCAUGGACUCCGCUAAUUUCUCCCGCCGCCCCACCCGCCUCCCCUCCGCCAGAUCCCACUUCUCCACCUCCCUCCGCCGCCCCAAAAUCGCCUUCCUCUUCCUCACCAACUCCCCACUCCAUUUCGCCCCUCUCUGGGAGCGCUUCUUCUCCAACGUCACCCGCAAGCACUACAAUAUCUACAUCCACUCCAACCCCUUCGUCAAAUUCGCCCCCUUCGAAGGCGUUUUCGAAGGCAAAACCAUCCCUUCCAAGAGAACCCAACGCUCUUCCCCUACCCUCAUCUCCGCCGCUCGCCGCCUCAUCGCCACCGCCAUGCUCGACGACCCCUCCAACGCCUACUUUGCGUUGGUUUCCCAGCACUGCAUCCCUCUCCACUCUUUCAGUUAUUUUUACAAUUUUCUCUUCGAUCUAGGUAGAUUGUCGAGGGACUUACAAUUUUCAAGCUACAUCGAAAUUCUUGACAACGAGCCCACUUUAUCGGAUAGGUACGAUGCUAGAGGGAAAGAUGUGAUGGUCCCCGAGGUCCAUUUCAACGAAUUCCGCGUCGGCUCACAGUUUUUCGUGCUUACUAGACGGCACGCUCUAAUGGUGAUCAAGGAUAGAAAGCUGUGGAGGAAAUUCAAGCUGCCCUGUUUGAAUGUGGAUUCUUGUUACCCGGAGGAGCAUUAUUUCCCGACGCUAUUAUCCAUGCAGGAUCCAAACGGUUGUACCGAUUAUACAUUGACGAGGGUUAAUUGGACCGAUAGUGUUAACGGGCAUCCACACACUUAUCACCCCCCAGAAGUAUCCGCUGAGCUGAUUUCAACGCUUAGGGAAUCGAAUUCUAGUUACUCCUAUAUGUUUGCGAGGAAAUUCUCGCCCGAUUGCUUGAACCCUUUGUUGGAAAUCGCUGAUUCGGUUAUCUUCAAGGACUGAUCUUUCCCUCUGGGUCGAAGCAGGAAAAUGUCGAUAAAGAAGAGAGUAUUUGGAGUUGACAAAGUGGGAUUAGGUUUUCGAGUGGCUGUUAAAAUAAGAUGCCCUAAACCUAAGUAACCCAAUGGAGUCCAACUCAAGCAAAAUCAAAGAUAUGUUAUUACAAACUCAUGUUGUACAAAUCCUUUUUUUGUUAAUGUUGUACAUAUAUAUAUGUAUGAAUGUGUGAAUGUUGUAUGAGAAAGGAAUAAUUGUAAUUUUGUUGGCUUAGCAUAAUGCUGAUAUGCCAAUUCCCAUUUUGCCCUUCUUUUGAAA